GGCCGGGGCCGGGCUGAGGGCGAGCUCCGUGGGGCGCUCGGCGUUCCCCCGGGAGAGCAGCGGCUGCUGCUUGUUGCUCGUUAAGAGGGAGAAAGCACGGGUUAACCGGGCCGCAGCGCCCUUGCCGUGGCCGAUCGAUACUGGCUUUUCUUUCUCUUAGAAGCAGAGAAAACAUUACAGAGCUUACCUGUGCGUUAGCCCUGAUUGCUAGGCUGCGUGUAAACGCACAGACUACGGUUCUAACUCCUGUUGUUCCUACUAAGGAAAGCCAAAGGAAGCAAGGAAGAACUUUUUUUUUAGACAGGCUGCUUUAAUGUUAACAGCUUCAUUAGACAAAAAUGUUUUGGUGAGUCCCUUUUCAGGUAAAAGAAGUAAAAAAUUAAUUUGUGUCUGUUUAUGCACAGUUCAUUUCUAGAUUUCAUUCAUUCGUAGUUAAAUUUCAAACUUGGGAGCGUUCAUUUAUUUGAAAGUAGAAAAGUAAAGUUGUUCAGGAAGAUGUCCUGAAUCCGUUUUCUGAGCUCUUGAGGGAUUGUUUUAACAGACCCUAAGUUUUGAGGCCCGUUAGACACCAGCGUUCGAGCUGUGGUGCAGCCCUUCUGGCAGUUACUCCUCCCUGUCUUCAGUUUACUUCUCAGUAGCUGUUUUUCUGUUUGUGAGUAAAAUGUACUGAAAAGAGGACUGAUGAGUGCUGGAGUUGGCACAAGCGUCUCAAGAGGAAAGAUCCGUUUUGUGUAGAAAUAAGCAAUUUCCAGAGGACAGCCCCAAUGACAGAACUGUCUGCGCAUUUACCGCAGUUUCAGCAUGGGCAGCUGACAGAAAACUUCCCUGAUAACCACCUCAGCAACACCCAAGAGUCCGUGGCCUCUGCUCUGUUUAAUACUGAUCAGAAUGACAACAGUGAACGACGUCGCCAUGAUAAUAGCGAGCGCAGAAGAAAUGACAAUCCAGAGUCUGAGACCAAUGGGCAGCCACAAAACAACAUUCAGCAAGUGGUGGAACAAGACGAAGAAGAAGAUGAGGAGCUGACACUGAAAUAUGGGGCAAAACAUGUGAUUAUGUUGUUUGUACCUGUCACACUUUGCAUGGUGGUCGUUGUUGCAACCAUCAAGUCUGUCAGCUUUUAUACACGCAAGGAUGGACAGCUCAUCUACACUCCUUUCACAGAAGAGACAGAGACAGUAGGACAGAGAGCCCUGAAUUCAAUUCUUAACGCCGCUAUCAUGAUCAGCGUUAUCAUUGUCAUGACCAUACUCCUGGUUGUGCUUUACAAAUACAGGUGCUACAAGGUGAUCCAUGGCUGGCUUAUCAUUUCUUCUCUUUUGCUGCUUUUCUUUUUCUCAUUCAUCUACCUGGGUGAGGUUUUUAAGACUUAUAACGUCGCCAUGGACUACAUUACGGUGGCACUCAUGAUCUGGAACUUCGGUGUUGUGGGAAUGAUUUGUAUUCAUUGGAAGGGUCCACUUCGGCUCCAGCAGGCAUACCUCAUUAUGAUAAGCGCUCUCAUGGCCUUGGUGUUCAUUAAGUACCUUCCUGAAUGGACUGCGUGGCUUAUCCUGGCUGUCAUUUCAGUGUAUGAUUUGGUUGCUGUCCUAUGCCCUAAAGGUCCUCUUCGUAUGCUAGUUGAGACAGCUCAAGAGAGAAAUGAAACUCUCUUCCCAGCACUUAUUUACUCCUCAACAAUGAUAUGGCUAGUAAACAUGGCUGAGGAAGAUCCAGAAGUCCAACGGAAAGCUUCCAAAAACUCCACUUAUGAUAAACAAGCUCCGGCAAACCAGACUCGGAGUGAAGAUGCUGAAGCAGAUGAUGGUGGCUUUAGUCAAGAAUGGCAGCAACAAAGGGACAAUAGAAUAGGACCCAUUGAAUCAACGCCUGAAUCUCGUGCUGCUGUUCAGGCUCUACCCAGUAACUCUCAAACAAGUGAAGACCCUGAAGAACGAGGAGUAAAGCUAGGUUUAGGAGACUUCAUCUUUUACAGUGUCCUUGUUGGCAAAAUUUUAGCUUUUUUUUUAGCCAUAUUAAUUGGUCUGUGCCUUACACUUCUGCUUCUUGCCAUCUUUAAGAAGGCCUUACCAGCUCUUCCAAUCUCCAUAACCUUUGGGCUAGUUUUUUACUUUGCUACAGAUAACUUGGUGCAACCCUUUAUGGACCAGCUAGCAUUCCAUCAGUUUUAUAUCUAGCACACUUGAUGCUGGUAUUCUAUGGAUAUUUGUAGCAAAUCUGUGAGGAGGAAAAAUGUUUUUCCCUCAGUUCUCAAGUGAGACUGAAGUUUAAUACUCAAGAUUCCAAGCCUGAAUCAUUACAACUUCCUCCGAUGAUGGUGUUGGGUGUUUUUUUUUUCCUGAGACAACUGCUGCACUGGGCACCAUAUGAAUUUUCCUGUGUGAAGGUGGCUUCUUCCUGAUGGCUGGUCUAAACCGGGUGCUAUUAUACCAGAGGUAAUCUGAUAUACAUAUCUCUGGUAAGGACCACCUGUGUGAAAAUUGCUAAUGCUUCCACCAGCAAUGUGAUCUCUUACCACAGGUUGAUUAUUUUCACAGCAUUAAGGGUGCUCAGGACUUCCUUGAUGUUAACAGAGGAAGCUGACAAAUCACAUGAACUUGUCCCUGUAACCAGUUGAAGAGAGAGAACCCAAUUCAGACUUCUUCAGCAGUGAUUUUUUUUUACAGUGGAGUCCUGACUCUGCUUUGUGUAAUGAGAAAGGACUUUGUAGGAAUUUGACAAAGGGAGAAAGUACUGUCACUCUGAGAGUGCUCCACCACUUCAUAGCCUCUGUGCCUGAGUGUUCUUGGUUUAGUAAAUUUAAAAGCUUUUUUUUUUUUCCCCACACUGGAACUAGAGCCUCUUCUCAGUUUUAAUACUUUGUAUCCUCAAGCAUGGAGUGCACCUUCUGUACACCUGCUCCAGUUUAAGUAGCUACUUAGACUUGGACUGAAUUAUUUGGCGUUAGUGGAUCAUAAGGUCCUAAUUUGGAUCUUAGAUUCCUAAAGGUUAAUAAACUACAUUAAAAACAUUUUCAGGACUUACUAUUUGUGCUCCUGCAAAUCAUUUUGCUAAGAACACCAUUUCAAACCCCAUGUUUGAGAAUAGUUGCUAACAGCACAGACUGCAUUGUUGGUAUAUGUUCCUUCUAUUGAAAUUCUUACAAAAUAAGUAGUCAUUUGCAGCAAUCCCAGAUGGAGUUUAGCUUGCCAGAUCUAGAGGCCAAAGUGUAGCACCUCUAAUGCAUCACUGAAAUUCUUCGUCUUCAAAAAUGUGGUUUACAGUUUUGUUGACCUGAAGUAUUGGUCACUCAACCAUCUAACACCUCAGGUUGGGCAGAUACUUUUUUUUUUUCAUGCAGUAUCUUUACCAUUUGUGGCCCUCUUCAUUUUAAUUACCUCCUCCCGUGAGACACCGAAGACUGGAGAAGUGAAAGACAACUCAAAAUCACUGAAAAGAAGACACAAGAUUUUGAACUUCUUACAAGAAAAAGAAUCGAUUCAAAUCUUAAAACUGCUAAACUCUGUUUUCUUCUUCAUUUGAAAGAACUCAUUUAUGAAUAAUUGCUUGGAAAUGAGACUUGUGUGGGAUGAAGUUGUUUUUCCUGUAGGCUCUUACUCUGUACAAGUAAUUUUUUUUUCUGAGGGAAGCAUAGGGAGUGGAUACUGUUGACGGACAUUCCAUUUUACUUGCAUCUUGAUACUGGAGUCCUUGCCAAGUAGAACAACUGUCAGAAUCCUGAUGCAAACUCCUUUUACCUUUUUUUGGGGGGCUUUCAAUCUACAGGCACCGAAACAAAGGACUGAGACAUCACAGAUGCUCACCAACCAUUGCCCAAAUAAGGGAAGAAAGGCUGUGAUGUAUGAAUCUGCUUUAAAACCAAGAAAGGCUUACUUUGAUUGUCUUUGGAAACAUCUGUCUUUUCCAGUAUGACUUGCUAACUGUAGUGUUAGCAUUUACAUUUUCAUAAAAUAUAUUGUCUUGUCUCCUCUAAAGUACUUUUAUUCAUCUCAUUUGUGUGCUGAUUCGUUGUGGAUAGCAUUAAUAAACUAACCAUAUCAAAAUUGCUUACACUGACUUUUCAAGUCAAACUUGCUUGUGUUUUCUAGCUUAAAUCAUUGGUCCAUAUUUUGCUGCAUUGAAGCCGGAUUUAAAACAUUUGGGGGUUUUUUGGGGGGGAGGGUUGUUUGGUUUGGGGUUUUUUUACAGGACUUUGAGUUGUUUUUAUACUAUCGUAACUUGUCCCUUUCCUGAGAACUGUAUCUAAGAAAUUCCCUCGUGUGUUUUAUUGGGCAUCCUUUCUAUAGUUUCAUUGUAUAGGACAGAUUUGCUAAGAGUUGGCAUCGCUAGCAUCUGUUUGCGUAUCUGAGCCAAUUCUCAGUUAAGCAGUCAUCUUUAUUGUUUGGUUUUUGGCUUAAAUAUGCACCGUGGGAGUACUAGCUCCAUUAAAAGUUGCUUUAGAAUCUACAGAAAUGCACAAAAGCCUUUCCACAUACUUGAAUGGGUGUUCGAUGUACAACCCAAGGAAGAGCUCAGAAUCUUCAAACACUAAAUUGCUGGUCUUCCACUCCCCAGAGCUGCUUCUGCUAUCCUGAUGUUUUAAUUUCUGAGCUAGUGUGGAGUUAAAGUAGUGGAGACUAUAAAAUUUAUUUUCAUAGAAACUGUUGAAGUUUGAAUCUCAAAAUAGAUUCAGAAGGGAAAUUGCUUUUCAAGCCCAGGCUGAUAUAUGUUAAAGCACACUGCUUAUUACAAGUCUUACAUACACCUUCAAAAACCAGAUGAAAUUUUCUAGAUUUGCCCUCUUAUGCCAAGUCAUGGUAGCUUGUGUUCCAAAUGAGAUCUUGCAACUGAAGAUCAUCUCGGUACUUGGGUCCAUGAGGUUCAGUUGAGAAUAGUUUUUGUGUGCAUUUGUGUUGUUACUACCUAACUGUGAAGGUUGUGUCACUUUUCUCUCCUUUGUCUUAAAACACCGAUCUAAUUUGAGAUCAUGAACCAUUUCAGCUUGGUUAGCUUGGCGUAACUGAAACACUUCUGAUAUGUAGUCUGCAUUUUUGAGAGAGUUUUCGUUAUUAUUAAAUUAGCAUGUUAAUGACAGUACAUUAGACUGUUUCUCUGAAAGAACUAUUGUGUAACCUUAGUAGCUAGAUUCAUCUCUUUUGUGCCCAAGCAGACUGACGGGUAUCUGUUGUGUGACUGUUUCAGUAAUCAUACUUUGAAACUGGGUAUCACGAUAGCUUUCUCUCCCCUUUCAGGUUACAUCAAUGAUUAGUCUCCUUCCUUGGCUAAGCUUCAAAUAAAUAAAUGAGAAAACAUAAUACCAAGUUACAGAUUUGCCUAAAACCCAGGCACUUUCAUUUCUCCCUUUUUUUUUUUUUUUUUUUUUUUUUUUUUCCUGUUGGGGGAUUUGAUCCAGA